GGCACCCGCUGCGUCUCCGUGCCGGGACCCCCGCAGAGCCGCCCUCGCCGCCACCUAGCUCCGAAAGCCUCUGGGCUUUGCUUAGGCAUUAUCUGCGAGCGCCGCGCCCGGGCAUUGCCAGCUCCAGGGAGGCGCCGCCCGCAAGGAMACCUCUCCGUCCCGCCUCGUCCGCAACUCCGGCCCUCGUCGACUCGACGCGAGCCAGGGGUCUGGACGUCCCUCUGCGCGCGGCGCAGUAGCUGGAACAGUCCCCACUGCCCCAGCUCAGAGCCAACUCCAUCUCGGACCUGGGACUCUUGACGCGGAUUCUCAGCUACUUCUCACCUCGGGGCUACGCCUGUCUCUCCGCUCACCCUCCGUUGCCCUCCUCCACCGCUCAGGACGGGGGUGCCAAGAUGCCCCGCUUCUGCGCAGGGCCCCGGGCCGCCCCCGACGUGUGACCCCAGCCUGGUCCCCCUGCUCGGCCGUCCGCCCUCCCCUUGGAGACCCCCGGCCCGGUCCCCGGGGGAGGAGGAAGACGACGAGGCCGAGGGGGGGAUGUCCGGCUCCAAAAGCGUGAGCCCUCCGGGCUACGCGGCGCAGACAGCUGCGGCGCCGGCACCCCGGGGAGGCCCAGAGCACCGCUCGGCAUGGGGGGAGGCCGAUUCCCGCGCCAAUGGUUACCCCCAUGCCCCUGGGGGAUCCACCCGCAGCUCCACCAAGAAACCCGGUGGGUCGGUGACCCCGCAGCAGCAGCGCCUGGCCGGCCGCUGGCGCAGCGACGACGACGAUGAUCCUCCGCUGAGUGGUGACGACCCCCUGGCCGGGGGCUUCGGCUUCAGCUUCCGUUCCAAGUCCGCCUGGCAGGAGCGCGGCGGCGACGACUGCGGUCGCGGCAGCCGGCGGCAGCGGCGGGGCGCGGCCGGCGGGGGCAGCACCCGGGCGCCCCCUGCGGGCGGCGGCGGCGGUUCGGCGGCAGCGGCAGCUGCGGCAGGCGGGACGGAGGUGCGCCCCCGUUCGGUGGAGCUGGGCCUGGAGGAGCGACGGGGCAAGGGUCGCGCGGCCGACGAAGUAGAGGCCGGCGCCGUCGAGGGCGGCGAAGGGUCUGGGGAUGGCUGCAGCUCAGAGGACUCAGGCUCAGGGCCCGGCGCGGUGCUGUCGCUGGGCGCCUGCUGCCUGGCAUUGCUGCAGAUAUUCCGCUCUAAGAAGUUCCCGUCGGACAAGCUGGAGCGGCUGUACCAGCGCUACUUCUUCCGCCUGAACCAGAGCAGUCUCACCAUGCUCAUGGCCGUGCUGGUGCUCGUGUGUCUUGUCAUGCUGGCCUUCCACGCGGCGCGGCCCCCGCUCCAGCUUCCCUACCUGACCGUGCUGGCGGCCGCCGUGGGAGUGAUCCUCAUUAUGGCUGUGCUCUGCAACCGCGCAGCCUUCCACCAGGACCACAUGGGCCUGGCCUGCUACGCGCUCAUCGCGGUGGUGCUGGCCGUCCAGGUGGUGGGCCUUCUGCUGCCGCAGCCGCGCAGCGCCUCCGAGGGCAUCUGGUGGACGGUGUUCUUCAUCUACACCAUCUACACCCUGCUGCCCGUGCGCAUGAGGGCUGCGGUACUCAGCGGGGUGCUCCUGUCUGCUCUCCACCUGGCCAUCGCCCUGCGAACCAACGCCCAGGACCAGUUCCUGCUGAAACAGCUCGUCUCCAAUGUCCUCAUUUUCUCCUGCACCAACAUCGUGGGCGUCUGCACUCACUACCCGGCCGAGGUCUCCCAGAGACAGGCCUUCCAGGAGACCCGGGAGUGCAUCCAGGCACGGCUCCACUCACAGCGGGAGAACCAGCAGCAGGAACGGCUCCUGCUAUCUGUCCUUCCCCGUCACGUUGCCAUGGAGAUGAAAGCAGACAUCAAUGCCAAGCAGGAGGACAUGAUGUUCCACAAGAUUUACAUUCAAAAACAUGACAACGUGAGCAUCCUGUUUGCUGACAUCGAGGGCUUCACCAGCCUGGCCUCCCAGUGCACUGCCCAGGAACUGGUCAUGACCCUCAACGAGCUCUUCGCCCGCUUUGACAAGCUGGCUGCGGAGAAUCACUGUUUACGUAUUAAGAUCCUGGGGGAUUGUUACUACUGUGUCUCAGGGCUGCCAGAAGCCAGGGCUGACCAUGCCCACUGCUGCGUGGAGAUGGGCAUGGACAUGAUCGAGGCCAUUUCGUUGGUCCGGGAGGUGACUGGGGUGAACGUGAACAUGCGCGUGGGAAUUCACAGCGGGCGAGUACACUGCGGUGUCCUUGGUCUCAGGAAGUGGCAGUUCGACGUCUGGUCUAACGACGUCACGCUGGCCAACCACAUGGAGGCUGGUGGCAAGGCAGGACGAAUCCACAUCACCAAGGCCACACUCAACUACCUGAACGGGGACUACGAAGUGGAGCCCGGCUGUGGGGGCGAGCGCAACGCCUACCUCAAGGAGCACAGCAUAGAGACUUUCCUCAUCCUGCGCUGCACCCAGAAGCGGAAAGAAGAGAAGGCCAUGAUUGCCAAGAUGAACCGCCAGAGAACCAAUUCCAUCGGGCACAACCCACCACACUGGGGGGCUGAACGCCCAUUCUACAACCACCUGGGCGGCAACCAGGUGUCCAAGGAGAUGAAGCGGAUGGGCUUUGAAGACCCAAAGGACAAGAAUGCCCAGGAAAGUGCAAACCCUGAGGAUGAAGUGGAUGAGUUUCUGGGCCGGGCCAUUGACGCCAGGAGCAUCGACAGGCUGCGAUCUGAGCACGUCCGGAAGUUCCUCUUGACCUUCAGGGAGCCUGAUUUAGAGAAGAAGUACUCCAAGCAGGUAGAUGAUCGAUUUGGUGCCUAUGUUGCCUGUGCCUCGCUCGUCUUCCUCUUCAUCUGCUUCGUCCAGAUCGCCAUUGUGCCCCACUCCGUGUUCAUGCUGAGUUUCUACCUGACCUGUUUCCUGCUGCUGACCUUGGUGGUAUUUGUGUCUGUGAUCUACUCCUGCGUGAAGCUCUUCCCCGCCCCGCUGCAGAUCCUCUCCAGGAAGAUCGUGCGGUCCAAGAUGAACAGCACCCUGGUUGGUGUGUUCACCAUCAUCCUGGUGUUCCUCUCGGCUUUUGUCAACCUGUUCAUGUGUAACUCCAAGGACCUGGUGGGCUGCCUGGCGGAGGAGCACAACAUCAGUGUGAGCCAGGUCAACGCGUGCCAUGUGCUGGAGUCAGCCUUCAACUACAGCCUGGGCGAUGAGCAGGGCUUCUGCGGCAGCCACUGGCCCAACUGCAACUUUCCCGAGUACUUCACCUACAGCGUGCUGCUCAGCCUGCUGGCCUGCUCCGUGUUCCUGCAGAUCAGCUGCAUCGGCAAGCUGGCGCUCAUGCUGUCCAUCGAGCUCAUCUAUGUGCUCAUCGUCGAGGUGCCCGGUGUCACACUCUUUGACAAUGCCGACCUGCUGGUCACCGCCAACGCCAUAGACUUGAGCAACAACGGGACCUCCCAGUGCCCUGAGCACGCGACCAAGGUGGCCCUGAAGGUGGUGACGCCCAUCAUCAUUUCAGUCUUCGUGCUGGCCCUGUACCUGCAUGCCCAGCAGGUGGAGUCCACUGCCCGCCUUGACUUCCUCUGGAAACUGCAGGCCACAGAGGAGAAGGAGGAGAUGGAGGAGCUGCAGGCCUACAACCGACGGCUGCUGCACAACAUCCUGCCCAAGGACGUGGCCGCCCACUUCCUGGCCCGGGAGCGCCGUAAUGACGAGCUCUACUACCAGUCCUGCGAGUGCGUGGCCGUCAUGUUCGCCUCCAUCGCCAACUUCUCCGAGUUCUACGUGGAGCUGGAGGCCAACAACGAGGGCGUGGAGUGCCUGCGGCUGCUCAACGAGAUCAUUGCCGACUUUGACGAGAUUAUCAGCGAGGACCGUUUCAGGCAGCUAGAAAAGAUCAAGACCAUCGGCAGCACCUACAUGGCCGCCUCCGGCCUCAACGACUCCACCUACGACAAGGUGGGCAAGACGCACAUCAAAGCCCUGGCCGACUUCGCCAUGAAGCUGAUGGACCAAAUGAAGUACAUCAAUGAGCACUCCUUCAACAACUUCCAGAUGAAGAUUGGGCUCAACAUCGGCCCUGUGGUGGCUGGGGUGAUUGGAGCUCGCAAGCCUCAGUAUGACAUCUGGGGAAAUACAGUGAACGUGGCCAGCCGCAUGGACAGCACUGGCGUGCCUGACCGCAUCCAGGUCACUACGGACAUGUACCAGGUGCUGGCUGCCAACACAUACCAGCUGGAGUGCCGCGGUGUGGUCAAGGUCAAGGGGAAAGGCGAGAUGAUGACCUACUUCCUCAAUGGAGGGCCCCCUCUGAGUUAGCAGCUGCCAGCAGUGGUGCCAGCAGCCUGGCCUCCAGAGGAACGGAAGCGGCUUCUCUGUGUGCCGCGUGGGCAGGUGGGGAGCCUGCGCUCCAGCCACGUGGUCGCGCUGGUGAGAUUUCCCACUUUGACUUGGAAGCAGCCUCUGCCCUGGCUGGUGGGCGUGGCCUCCGGCCCAGGCCCUGGGUGCCAGCGUCCUGCGAGCACCAAGCUGACCAAAGAUGUUUCCCUCUGCAGAAGACUCCGCCGGACUUGAGCUCAGCCUCGAGUUCUCUGACAGGUGCUGCCGCUGAAGGGUGGAGGGCGCUGCUGGAGCUUUCCCAGCCCAGCGCACAGCGGCAGGCCCGCGGAGGGCCUCAGCCUAGGUGGGUGGGAAGGCGGGCUGGACGCUGCCCUGGGGGUACUCGGGGUCCCCCGGGGGUCUGUUUUCCACAUGAGCCUUUAAACUUCAGACAGAGGCUGCAGCCCCUGCUUCCUGGCGGUGCUCUGAGGCAGGAGAGCUGGGUUUGUAGGAGCCGUGGCCUUCGCCGCCAUCCUCUGCCCAUGCGUCCACGCACACAGACUGUGCCCAGUGAGGGAAACAGGACUCAUUACGAGGGGGAGGCGAGAGGACGCCAAGCAAGCAGUGGUGGCUCUGAGAAAAAGAAAAUAUUUAUUAAAUAAAACAAAACAAGUUUUCUGUGCC